GCGUCUCCGCCGGCAUCUGCGCGGCCGCCUCUGCCCGGAGCCCGGGGACCGAGCGCCGGACCCGCCGCCUGGCGCACGGACGCGAGGUUCCUGCUUUGUGCUUCUUGCCGAUUCGGCGAGUCUGCCCGGCGGUUGCGGUUGCGGCCACCGCGUCCCGGCGGCCUCGGAGGGCCGCGACUGGAGGUGCCGGAGCCGCUCGGUCCGCGCGGCUGAGCCCCGCGUGCCCCGCUGCUCCCCGGGCUGCUCCGAGCAGCGGUGCUCCGGGGCUCCAAACUCGGGCUGGCGGGGAAAGUGUCUUCAUGAACCCAGAGGAUGUCCGGGAAGCACUACAAGGGUCCUGAAGUCAGUUGUUGCAUCAAAUACUUCAUUUUUGGCUUCAAUGUCAUAUUUUGGUUUUUGGGAAUAACGUUUCUUGGAAUUGGACUGUGGGCAUGGAAUGAAAAAGGUGUCCUCUCCAACAUCUCAUCCAUCACUGACCUCGGUGGCUUUGACCCCGUCUGGCUCUUCCUCGUGGUGGGAGGCGUGAUGUUCAUUCUGGGGUUUGCAGGGUGCAUCGGAGCGCUUCGGGAAAACACCUUUCUCCUCAAAUUCUUUUCUGUGUUCCUGGGGAUUAUUUUCUUCCUGGAGCUCACUGCUGGGGUGCUGGCGUUUGUUUUCAAAGACUGGAUCAAAGACCAGCUGUAUUUCUUUAUUAACAACAACAUCAGGGCUUACCGAGACGACAUUGACUUGCAGAACCUCAUAGACUUCACCCAGGAGUAUUGGCAGUGCUGUGGGGCUUUUGGAGCUGAUGAUUGGAACCUAAAUAUUUACUUCAAUUGCACAGAUUCCAAUGCAAGCCGAGAGCGAUGCGGUGUGCCCUUCUCCUGCUGCACUAAAGACCCCGCGGAAGAUGUCAUCAACACUCAGUGUGGCUAUGAUGCCAGGCAAAAACCAGAAGUUGACCAACAGAUUGUAAUCUACACGAAAGGCUGCGUGCCGCAGUUUGAGAAGUGGCUACAGGAUAAUUUAACCAUCGUGGCUGGUAUUUUCAUCGGCAUCGCAUUGCUGCAGAUUUUUGGGAUAUGCCUGGCACAGAAUUUAGUGAGUGACAUUGAAGCUGUCAGGGCUAGCUGGUAAAAAACCCUGUGACCACUGCUGCAAGACACUGGACUGACCCCCUCGCUGACCCUCCUGUGCUGACCGAUGGCAGACUGCAGGGACCUGAUCGCGGGUCCACAGUCCCACCUCAUGGAGCUGCCAAGAACUUACUUCCUGUCGGGGGUAAAGCUGGGGAAUGCCGUUCAAAGACGGGCCUUUUCAAAAGAAAACCAGAACAGCGGGAAAGCCGCUGAGGGGCUGUGCCGUGAACCUCUACUGUAGCCGUGAACUGAUAGAUGGAUGGAUGCUACCCGGAAGGGAAAGGGGGGAGGUCGGGCACUGCAUGUACUUGAAUUUGUGGAGAAUACAGUGCUGUCCACAUCUUGGCUAAAACUUAAGCCCUUACCCCCCAGGGCUAAGUGUUUUGAAAUCUCUCCAUUCACGUUCUCAGAACCUGUUGCGACUGUCCUCUGUGAUGGGAUUUUUGAGAUGGGUGGAACAGGUCCCGUCCAGGGUGCACCUUAAGAAAGCCUGGUGUUUGGAGUAGCCAGUUAGGGUAGCAGAGAUUGCGGUUCACGUUUCCGCAGGACUGAUCUUUCCUCUGAGCGGCCAGCCUGAGCUUUAUCCGUGACCUCCAAGGAGAAAACGAGGUUACUGAGAGGCACUAAUUGAGCGCUCCUGUCCCCCACCUUAACCAACUAGUGUUCGGGUUCUUCGGAUAUUCCGGAAUACUCUGGGCUCGUUUUUUGUGUUUUGUUUCUUUUUUUCUUUUCUUUCUUUUUUUUUUAAUUGGUUAUUAUUUUGGUUCUUUCUGUCUCCCAAGGCAAAGACUAUGAUACAGUCCUGUGUAAUGUUUUCCUAUUCAGCUUCAAGAGUAAGUUUUUGUAUAAUCCUCACCUGCAUGUGCUGUGACCCCGAACCCAUCAUGUCCUUUUCCAGGAGACACCCGAGAGCACUCGUCAGCGUUUAUGUCAGAGGUCCCCAGCCUUGGGUGGUUGUGGCAUGUUGUCCAAGCCAUGCGUUCUAUGCCUCAUGGGCUCCCCGUCUCUCCCAGCUUCCAGCCCAGCUUUUGUACACUCCCCGUCUUCCUCACUAAGGCUCCGUUCCAAAGCAGGGCUGACACAGUCAAAACGCCUCUGACGAGGGUCUUCUUGCAAUUUUAGUUUUGCCAUAUAUUUAAGAAAACAGAAACAAAAUCAAACCUAGUCUAGUGCAUGGCCAGAUCUCUGUCCCCAUGAGGUGACCUCAGGGUAGUAACAAAGCACAAAUACUUGAGGGGCCGCACUGAGGCCCAGCCAGGGUUCUGUGACGCUGGGCAGAAAACCACCUUCAGGUCCUGCUUCUGCCUCGUGCCCGCUGGGAGGGUGGAUUUGGGCUUCAAGAUUUUUACCCAGCUUGUGGUAUUCCCUGGGUGUUGCUGUCGUGGGGAGCAGGUUUGAGAUGGUGGGUUGCCGGGAAGGCUAUACCGCCGGUGAGAGCAGCUCCACUUUCGCCAGCCACCUUUCUGAGUUAGCAGGUUAGCGGGGUUUUCCACUCCCGUGGCACUGCAUCGCCGUGGCUGGCGGACAGUCUGCUCCACGGGAGGACGGGCACCCCUUUCCGGUCCCAUCUCCGCAGUUUGGGUGUGUGUGGCCCUGCAUGUGUGUAUCUGUGUCCGUUGUAGGUAGAGAUAGCCAUUCCAUACGUGGACGUGAGGUUACAUGACUCCGCCCCUGCCCAUGCCGUCAUUUGUGAUGUCUUUUCUUGGAUCGGCACUUCUGUCUCCUUUAUUACCUCAUUCUCCAGUGAACUGCAUCUGGCCAGUUGAUUCCGAAUCAGGCAAGAUUUCCCCCACCCUGUGGCAUACCCAGUGAAAGCCAAGUCACAAGCCCAAGUGAGUUUUAAAUUUUAAUCGCCUUUAUUUUUUACACUCGAGAGUGAUUGUAAUAAAAGCUGUCAUUAAUAAAUUUGGUUCUACCUGACAUGGGGAUCAUGUUGUUUCUUUCUGAAUACUUCCCAGCUGCUACCGUGACGCAUUCUGGAAUGACUGGUUAAAACACAAAAGGCUUGUGCCAGGGCUGUAGCUCAUUCCUCAUGUGCCUGAAACUUUGGGGUCAAGCCCAUGUCCCAAGAGCUGCCACCACCCCCAGAGUCCCUUAGAAGGUAGGUCGGAACAGGGAUGGAGGACUCCCACUGCUGAGUUCCUGUGAUGCGGAUGAAAUCACAGGUUGAUUUUGAGAAACACCCAUCAGUCCUGAGUGGGAGGGGAAAGUUGUGGUUGUGGAGGCUGAGUCUGUCUGGGUUGCUAAACGUAGACAGACAAAGCACCCUGUAAGUAGGUGUUCUCUGUCCUGGAGUUGUCUCCUGCUUGUUACAGACGCCUUGGGGACCUUGUAAAACGCAGAUCUCAAACCUUGACCCUGUCAUUCUGGGCUGUGUAUUCAAUACACCGUGGGCCUAGGUAAAAGUUACAGUUUUUAAUAAGAAAGAACUUGCUGGUAGUCCCUUGAAACUAUCAUCUUACCCCGUUGGAAAACACCACCUUGUGUGUAUUUCGAUUGUGAAUUAUUACUGGAAAAUAGUCUUGUGAACAGAUGGAAACAAAACCUUCCAUUUCAUUUACUGCUCUAAGACCGGACAGAACGGUGUGUCCCCAGAUGAGAGAAACACAGUGCCUUGCCUCCCUGGAUAUAGGAAACAAAAACAUUUUGAUUUUGAAAAAUCUGUUCGUGACAGAGGAUGGACAGCUCUGUUGAUGUCCCUUACUAGCUGAUGUUAGGGGGCCCGGUCAUUCCCUCCAUGCUUUGGCAGCAGAGGACAAAGCGCUCGAAACUAGCAGAAGUGUCUUCCUCGAUCUAAGUAGACACUAGACUUUAGGGGACUAUUACCGCUUCUUUUACUUCUGUUGUUUACUGGGUCUCACAAAGAUCACCUCUGUAAUGUAAAAAAUGUACGAUUCAUGAAAAGAACAGUAAAAACUAGAAAGCAUCAGUGAGUUCUCCAACUCCCGUUUCUUUCGCCAGGGUCGAGCCCCUUGGCAUGUCUUUGGGCUCCCUUGCUGCCCCAGGUCCCAGGCUUCUCCCCUCCAGGAGACUCUUAGAAGGGACUCGGUCCAAGCUUUUGCUUCUUUGGAACAGCAUUUGAUCACUAGGGGCCGGUGUUUGUGUGGGCAGGAAUGGAAUCGUUUUGCAGUGUGUGGCUCUCCCAAGCGCCUGUUUCCGGCUCUCUUGGAGAAGAGCCCUGGGAAGUGGGUGGGAUGAACAAUGAAGGUCAGAGCCCAGUGACCUGGCAGGCCUGCGCCAGAAAGCCUUGCCAUUUACACAUUGGUGCUUGCUCCUUCCCUUGGGAAAUAUGUGCAGACCUCCAAGGAAGGACUGGGCUCCUGUCCAUAAACGCUGGCCGCUGUGGCCAGUGCCACAGGGCCGGGGACAAUGACAAUGAGGUACUGCCCACACUCAACAAGUGGAAACCAAGUGUACAGCAAGAACAAGCAGGGUUGAGUUAAAACUUUUGGUGGAAUCAUUUGACUAGGGGCCCAGGAAGUGGGGAAGAGAAACUAAACUCUAAAGCUACCAAAGCCACCUCCCCGUUUAUUUGUUUGAGAGACUUGCUAUAAAGAUAGAGUCUAUCGUACUGUGGUUUUUAGGACAUUCUUGGUUUGAGAAAUUAACUAUGGCUUUCCUCUGGAGGCUCAUCGCUCCCUUGUAAACUUGCCAGAAAGUUGUCCUGUCCCCUCCCGGUUAGCCUGAGCUAGACCUCCUGGUCUUACACCACCCACUUCGAGGAACGAGAGAUAAAGCCAUUGUCCAGAAGAGCAGGCGAAAGCCUGGUUUUACAUGGUGGGUACGGAUUCCAGAAAGAACCAGUGCCCAGCAAGACAAGCUGCCUACGUGGUUGUCACCUCCCUGAACCUGCACACUGAUUAGAACAGAAAAGUUUUAGUGGCCUGCCCUCUAGUGUCAGCCAUGGAGAACUGCAGCCGCCUGGAGUUGGCGAGGGAGGCUCCUAUGCAAGCUCCAUUCCAGGAUUAGGAAACAAGAAACGGUGUGGGGCUGAUGGCAGGUGCUUAGGGAAGAUAGGGCCAUUCCUUCAUGCUCCUGAAACCUGGGGCUCAUUCUGGGAGCCUAGGGAAGGGAGUAUUUUUGUUCCCAUCAGUACUUAGGCACUGAUCUUUCCACCUUGCUGCAGCAGGCUUGUGCAGGCCUGGUGGAAACUGGCUGUGCCUCCUGUGCAGGCAGAUGCUGCUUCUAGAAGCCAGUGCUCGCUGUCACCACGCAUUUACCUCCCACUCUGGAGGUGCUAUGUCUUCCAGACACGUGCUAUCCUGGUGGAAGGUGGCACAGGCUGCACCCUCUCUCCCAGGGCACAAACCUCCACUUAAAGGUUUUGUGGGGGCUGAGAUCCCAGGUCCUAAGCUGCACCUCAGUUCUUCAACAUAAACUAUCCAGAACAAAGAAGCAGACUUUGCUGAACUUUCCUCUAAAAACAUCACUUGAGGGCCUGGUGGAGUUGGCUUUGAUUUGAGGAUUUCUUACUUUUUGUUGUUUUGGUUUUGGUUUCUUAUUUUAACAAGAUCUUGUUAAGUAGCCCCAGUCAGCCCGGUGCUUCUGUUCUGCAUCUGUCUCCCUUCAAACUUGCAGCAAUCCCCCUGCAUCAGUCUUCCAAGAGGUGUGAUGACAAACUUUGUACCACCUGACUACAACCUUGAUUUGAGAGAACGUGGAAACCAUGCUCACGUGCUAGGAGUUUGUCACAAGCUAAAUGGUGUCUUCCAGUAUUUCGUACCCUGAUAGUCUAACAAAACCUCAGACACUGGCCUGCAGAAUGUAAAGAAUUCUCCACGAAAAAGGGCAGAUUCAGGUAGUAUGUCUCUAAUCCGAGGAACACCGAGCUUGACAGCAGCUACCAGAAACUGGGACACAUACAGUUCUAGCCUCUCGAACUCUGAGGGAACACAUGGUUGGUUGAAGCUGUCCUGUUGGUGUGUUUUUUUUCCGAUGGGAUCAGGCAGAGCUUGGUGCCUGUUGCUUUUUGCCUUGAAGGGGCCUGCUGCAAGCUAAAUGUUCUCCCUGGCAGGCCCACAUCCCCACAAGGUUCUCAUCUGUUGAUUGGAGGCAGCUGAACCCUGUAUGCGCAUGAUCUCUGGCCUAUGCUCUUGUAAAAAUCUUGCUGCUUUCUGGUUUUGUUAAGAUAUACAGUAUAUACAUGGGGCUAGCCUUAGGCUUGUGUUAAUUUAGGCUGUUAUAAACUCAUUCUUCCUGCUUCAGCCUCCCAAGCACUGUAAUUCCCGGUAUUCACCACUAUGCCCGGCUAAUCUUGCCGCCUUUCGUGUACUUUAAAUAAAGAAUGUGUUAUUAUAUUUAAGAUUA